AGCAGCGUCCUGACAAAACCUCUCUCACGUGCGCUUCCACAACAUCUCGGCUGAACUGUCAGGAUGGAGGUGAAAGGAAACACAGAUGGAGAUUUCAAUAUUGAAUUCGAGAUGCCAAUUUAUCAAGAGGACUUGCACGACGAGAAAGAGUAUCCCCCUCACCUCAACUCCAAUAAAAAGAGGCAACAAGUGUCUAUGCUCGACAUGGCACCUGGAAGACACGACAGACAGGCUGUGCUGAGCCUGGCGAUACUCGCUGCUGUUCUACUGAUAGUUGAUAUCAGCCUCGGAGUGUACUACAGUAAACUUACAGAUACCCAUCUCACAACUGAUGAUGUGGAACGCAUUGAAAACGAGUUGAACAAACUGCAAGACACUUACAAGACUGCAAUCAAGACCAUGGCGGACGCCAGGCAUCAGCUGGACAAGGAGAUGAGUCGUCAGACACCAACCAACUGGGAGCUUGAACACCAGCAAAAAAUUAAAAGUGGCUAUGAAGAAGAGAUUGAACAAAUGACAGUGGCCAUUGCAUCAAUGAAAUCCCAGAUACCAGUCCUUCGUGAUGGCUGCAGAUACUGUCCAAUGGGAUGGGUUUUCGUGAACUCAGCAUGUUAUUACUUUUCUUACUCCAACCGUGAUGGAGCCAGAAGCUGGCAAAAAGCCAGAGAGUUCUGCCAAAACGAUGGCGGCGAUCUUGUGAUCAUAGACAGCAAAGACAAAGAGAAUUCAACUGUAAAUGCCCUGCGAAAUCCUUAUAAAGGCUCUCGAUCCUCUGAUGCUUUCUGGAUCGGACUGAGGCUUAUCCAUGAGGAAAAGACUUGGAAAUGGUGGGAUGGAACAUCAAUGGCUGAAGGGUACUGGGAUGAUUUGGAGCCAAUUUAUUCCGGCGGUGAGAUCUGUGCAACAGUGAAUCCCAGACAAAACUUCUUCAAGGCUUGGAGUACCACUGGAUGUGGAAGUGGACGGAAAUGGAUUUGUGAAAAAGCACCAACCGCUGUGAAUUGUUCCAAAGCCAAAGAUCUCCAGGCUCCCAACUCUGCUGCUAUGCCAUUUAUCGUUGAGCUGAACUAUCUCAGGAGCAACCACAGUGAAAUGAUCAGAGCCAAAUUGGAGAGCCAGGCAGCUUUAGUGAGAGAGCGUGCCAACCAAAUGCAUCUGAUGCUGCAGAUUAAGCAGCAGAAGAUUGUCACGGAUGUCCAUCAGAGACAUAUUGAGACUAUAGAGAUAGAGAAGAUUUUUUUGAAUGAAAACCUCCCUCAUCAGCACUCGCCCAGCGCUACUUGGUGGCACAACAGCUUCUGGAUGGGCCUCACUGAUGUAGGGGCCAACGGGACGUGGGUGUGGAUCAACAAUGUGACUGAAGUGGAGACGAUGUUCUGGUUCGAUGGACAGCCCAACUACAUUGGAGAUCAGAAAGGGAACUGUGUUGCUUCUUAUCAAUCUAGGGAGACCAAGAAGACGUGGAUUAAUGGAAACUGUAAAGUCAACCUGCUUAACUGGGUUUGUGAGAUGGAGCCAAAUCCGGGGGAAAAAAUAUCCCUGUCAGACUGUUUUCAUUCUCUUCUCUUUGUCAAAAUGGCGGACGAAGGAAAUUCAAGCUCUUUUGUUGACACAUUUGACAAAUUGAUCUGUGAAGAUGACUCUGGCACAGAUGAGAACCCUCUCUACUCAAGCCAAGACAAACAGCAAGUGUCCAUGUCCAUGCCGAGGCAUGAAUCCAGUCGGAUUCCUUACAGGCUGCUCACAGUGAUCCUGGCAAUGAUGGCUGUCAUUCUCCUGGCCAUUAACAUCGGCCUGGGAGUCUAUUACAACCAACUCACUGGUGGGAAGCAAACAAUAAAAGACAUCCACAGCGAGGUGGCCAAACUGCAGGCUGGUUACAGUGCUGUGAUCCAAGAAAAGAUCGAUGCCAAGAAUCAACUGGACAGAGAACUGGGUGGGCAGCAGCAACUCAAGUGGGAUCUUGAACAUCAGACCAGAAGAUCCAAAGACUACGAGAAGCAGAUUCACAGAAUUGAAGAUGAAGUCUCCGAGUUGAAAUCCCUCAUACCACUACUCAGCAUGGGUUGCAGACACUGUAACCCGGGAUGGACGUUCCUGCACCUAAGGUGUUACUACUUUUCUUUCCCUGUAACCCUUAAACUAAGACCGUGGAAAGACGCCAGACAGUUCUGCCAGAAUUUGGGAGGGGACUUGGCAGUGAUAGACACACCAGAAAAAACCGUGUCCAUAACUACAUUGAUAAAUAGUAAUCAUGAUCCCGAGAGGUCCGAGGCCUGGGGUGGCUUCUGGAUCGGACUGAGCGAUGUGGAGGAGGAACACAUUUGGAAAUGGCCGGAUGGAAGAAGACUGACUGAGCCAUACUGGAACGACGGCGAGCCCAACAAUAGCGACAAUGAGGAUUGUGGAGCUACGUAUCCCAAGAACAAUCCCUUUAAGGCCUGGAACGAUGCUUCAUGCAAUAGUGCCAUGAAAUGGAUUUGUGAAAUGGAACCACAUGACAUGAGUUAAUGAAACUUUUUUCCAAGGUUUAAUUCAAGUGUAAUUGUUAAAAGAACAACUAGUUGCACCUUAAAGACCUUCACACAUCUUCCAAAUUGUUCCUUUUAUUGUUGCAUCAAUAUUUUGUUGAGAAUAAAAAAUAGCAAGAAAGGUUUUGAAAUACACAUCUGAGUUAAGAAAUUAACUAUAAAAUGUAAGAUUAUUAUUUUACUGUAAUAAAUAAAAUCUUGACUUUU